AUGAUGAAGCCAUACUCAAGUGCCGUGCUCACUGCUCACGUUGGCACUGGACUCGAGGCACUCUUUGAUGCCGGUAGCACCAUCUCCGAAGCCACCGAGGAGAAUGGCUGCCUCUGGUUCCGCGUCGGCUCACAGUUUGAGCCGCUCUACCCGCGGAAUCAGAAUGAGUUCACUCAUCACUCGCGAGGGCUCGAAGGGGUAUUUGACAAUGACACCGCUUCGAACGAGGACACGGCUGUCAACCAACUCACCGCCGUCGCCGACCGAUACCUAGAGGUGGCCUGUCCUGCGAACCCCGGUGAUGUUAUAUUCUUUCACGGUAACAUCUUGCAUCGGUCCCACGCUAAUCGCAGCACGCGCCCGCGCCGCGCUUUUGCUGGUCACUAUUGCGAUGCCCGCAGUUAUGUGCCGUGGAACGUUGGUGAGAAAUGGGAAGGUAUGAGCGAAGGACAGGCUGCCAAUCAGUACUACAUCCUAGCACGAGGCGAUAGUCAUCUUCCCUUUGCUACGGCUCUAUUUGCAUACUGGCGUUCUCGAGUCGCGGUGGAUAAGCUCUAUUAA